GAGCUCCGGCAGGCAGUGGUGCAUAUAGACAUAUUUCUGGGAGCUGUCCAUGAGCUCAUCGCUCUCCCGGCGCGCGGCGAGGGAAGGAGCCCUCCUCUUUCUCCCCGCGCCACCAGCAGCAGUCGCUUAGAGCGUGUCGCCGGUCCUGCCCGCAGCCCACCCGGCGCGCCAUGACCCCACGGCACCCGGCGGGGAGGUAGGUGGGCUUGAGCAGCAGUACCCCACGGGCGAUCGCUGCCACGGCCGACCUUCUGCGGCCGCCUAGGAGCACGCGGGUCCCCGGGUGAGCCCGAACGCCGCAGGCCCGGAGCGGAAGAGACGAGGACACGCGGGACGGCCGGACUUGACCGAGGGAAGGAGUUCCGAGAACCUGGACAUGGCUUCCCCCACCUCCCCUGGCCCGGAGGGAGGGGCCUGCACCCCGCAGAACCCACCGCGGAUCCGUCAGUCUGACAGCAAUGCCAGCUUCCUCCGCGCUGCCAGAGCAGGCAAUCUGGACAAAGUUGUGGAGUAUCUGAAAGGGGGCAUUGACAUCAACACCUGCAAUCAGAAUGGACUCAAUGCCCUCCAUCUGGCCGCCAAGGAAGGCCAUGUGGGCCUCGUGCAGGAGCUGCUGGGGAGAGGCUCCUCCGUGGACUCUGCCACCAAGAAGGGAAAUACUGCUCUUCACAUUGCAUCAUUGGCCGGACAAGCGGAAGUUGUCAAAGUUCUAGUUAAGGAAGGAGCCAAUAUCAAUGCCCAGUCGCAGAAUGGCUUCACUCCUUUGUACAUGGCUGCCCAGGAGAAUCACAUCGAUGUUGUUAAAUAUUUGCUAGAAAAUGGAGCUAACCAGAGUACUGCUACAGAGGACGGCUUUACUCCUCUGGCUGUGGCACUCCAGCAGGGGCACAACCAGGCAGUGGCCAUCCUCUUGGAGAAUGACACCAAAGGAAAGGUGAGGCUGCCGGCUUUGCACAUUGCGGCUCGGAAAGAUGACACCAAGUCCGCCGCCCUCCUGCUUCAGAACGAUCACAACGCUGAUGUACAAUCCAAGAUGAUGGUGAACAGGACAACCGAGAGUGGCUUCACCCCUUUGCACAUAGCUGCACACUAUGGGAAUGUGAACGUGGCGACUCUUCUUCUAAACCGGGGAGCUGCUGUGGACUUCACCGCCAGGAAUGGAAUCACUCCCCUGCAUGUGGCUUCCAAACGUGGAAACACCAAUAUGGUGAAGCUCCUUCUGGAUCGAGGUGGUCAGAUCGAUGCCAAAACUAGGGACGGGCUGACACCACUUCACUGUGCUGCACGAAGUGGGCAUGACCAAGUGGUGGAGCUGCUGCUGGAACGAGGUGCUCCCUUGCUGGCGAGGACCAAGAAUGGGCUGUCUCCGCUUCACAUGGCUGCACAGGGGGACCACGUGGAAUGUGUGAAGCACCUGCUACAGCACAAGGCGCCUGUUGAUGACGUCACCCUGGAUUAUCUGACGGCUCUUCAUGUUGCUGCACACUGUGGGCACUACCGUGUAACCAAACUCCUGCUGGACAAGAGAGCCAACCCGAAUGCAAGAGCCCUGAAUGGUUUUACUCCACUGCACAUUGCCUGCAAGAAAAACCGCAUCAAAGUCAUGGAACUGCUCGUGAAAUAUGGGGCUUCAAUCCAAGCUAUAACAGAGUCUGGCCUCACACCAAUACAUGUGGCUGCCUUCAUGGGCCACUUGAACAUUGUCCUCCUUCUGCUGCAGAACGGAGCCUCUCCAGAUGUCACUAACAUUCGUGGCGAGACAGCACUUCACAUGGCGGCCCGGGCAGGGCAGGUGGAAGUGGUCCGAUGUCUCCUGAGGAAUGGUGCUCUUGUGGAUGCCAGAGCCAGGGAGGAACAGACGCCUUUACACAUUGCCUCCAGACUGGGUAAGACAGAAAUCGUCCAGCUGCUUCUACAACAUAUGGCUCAUCCAGAUGCAGCCACGACAAAUGGGUACACACCACUCCACAUCUCUGCUCGGGAAGGACAGGUAGACGUGGCCUCUGUCCUUCUGGAAGCUGGAGCAGCACACUCUUUAGCAACCAAGAAGGGCUUCACUCCCCUGCAUGUAGCAGCCAAGUAUGGAAGCCUGGAUGUGGCAAAACUUCUCUUACAACGCCGCGCAGCAGCAGACUCAGCAGGGAAGAAUGGCCUUACCCCGCUCCAUGUUGCUGCACAUUAUGACAACCAGAAGGUGGCGCUGUUGCUGCUGGAGAAGGGUGCUUCCCCUCAUGCCACUGCCAAGAAUGGCUACACCCCUUUACACAUUGCUGCCAAGAAGAAUCAGAUGCAGAUAGCUUCCACGCUACUGAACUAUGGAGCUGAAACGAACACUGUGACGAAGCAAGGCGUCACUCCACUGCAUCUGGCCUCACAAGAGGGGCACACAGACAUGGUCACCUUGCUUCUGGAAAAAGGAGCCAAUAUCCACAUGUCAACCAAGAGUGGACUCACAUCCUUACACCUUGCAGCCCAAGAAGAUAAAGUGAACGUUGCCGACAUUCUCACCAAACAUGGGGCUGAUCGGGACGCCUACACAAAGCUUGGUUACACACCUUUAAUCGUGGCCUGUCACUACGGAAAUGUGAAAAUGGUCAACUUUCUUCUGAAACAGGGAGCAAAUGUCAAUGCGAAAACCAAGAAUGGCUACACACCUUUGCACCAAGCUGCCCAGCAGGGCCACACACACAUCAUUAAUGUCCUGCUCCAGCACGGGGCCAAGCCUAACGCCACCACUGCGAAUGGUAACACAGCCCUGGCGAUUGCUAAGCGGCUGGGCUACAUCUCCGUGGUUGACACCCUGAAGGUUGUGACUGAAGAGGUCACCACCACUACCACGACUAUCACGGAAAAACAUAAGUUAAAUGUUCCUGAGACGAUGACGGAGGUUCUUGAUGUUUCUGAUGAAGAGGGUGAUGACACGGUGACAGGGGACGGGGGAGAAUACCUCAGGCCAGAAGAUCUUAAGGAGCUCGGUGAUGACUCCCUGCCGAGCAGUCAGUUCCUGGAUGGCAUGAACUACCUUCGGUACAGUCUGGAGGGAGGAAGAUCUGACAGUACCAUUCCCAGUUCCGACAGGUCUCACACUCUGAGCCAUGCAUCGUACCUGAGGGACAGUGCCAUGAUUGACGACACGGUUGUGAUCCCCAGCCACCAGGUGUCAGCGCUCGCCAAGGAGGCAGAAAGGAAUUCUUAUCGUCUGAGCUGGGGCACUGAGAACUUAGACAACGUGGCUCUUUCUUCCAGUCCUAUUCAUUCAGGUUUCCUAGUCAGUUUUAUGGUGGAUGCCCGUGGUGGUGCCAUGCGAGGAUGCAGACACAACGGACUGAGGAUCAUCAUCCCACCUCGGAAAUGCACAGCCCCAACUCGAGUCACCUGCCGCCUCGUGAAACGCCACAGACUGGCAACAAUGCCUCCCAUGGUGGAAGGAGAGGGCCUGGCCAGCCGCCUGAUUGAAGUGGGACCUUCUGGAGCUCAGUUCCUUGGUAAACUUCACCUGCCAACGGCUCCUCCCCCACUUAAUGAGGGAGAAAGUUUGGUCAGCCGCAUCCUUCAGCUGGGGCCUCCUGGAACCAAAUUCCUUGGGCCUGUGAUUGUGGAGAUCCCUCACUUCGCUGCUCUUCGAGGAAAAGAGAGGGAGCUGGUAGUCCUGCGCAGUGAAAACGGAGACAGCUGGAAAGAGCACUUCUGUGAAUACACUGAGGAUGAACUGAACGAAAUCCUUAAUGGCAUGGAUGAAGUGCUGGAUAGUCCAGAAGACCUGGAAAAGAAACGGAUCUGCCGCAUCAUCACUCGUGACUUCCCACAGUACUUUGCGGUGGUAUCUCGCAUCAAACAGGACAGCAACCUAAUUGGCCCAGAGGGUGGAGUGCUGAGCAGCACUGUGGUGUCACAGGUGCAAGCUGUCUUCCCAGAGGGGGCACUCACCAAGCGCAUCCGUGUAGGCCUACAGGCUCAACCUAUGCACAGUGAGUUGGUGAAGAAGAUCCUAGGCAACAAAGCAACCUUCAGCCCAAUAGUCACUUUGGAACCCAGGAGAAGAAAAUUCCACAAGCCGAUUACUAUGACUAUUCCUGUCCCCAAAGCUUCAAGUGAUGUCAUGCUAAAUGGUUUUGGAGGAGACGCACCAACUUUAAGAUUACUGUGCAGUAUAACAGGUGGAACUACGCCUGCCCAGUGGGAAGACAUCACAGGAACCACGCCUCUAACAUUUGUCAAUGAGUGUGUUUCCUUUACAACCAACGUGUCCGCCAGGUUCUGGCUGAUAGACUGUCGACAGAUUCAGGAGUCCGUUGCCUUUGCAUCACAAGUGUAUAGAGAAAUUAUCUGUGUACCGUAUAUGGCCAAAUUUGUAGUGUUUGCCAAGUCACAUGACCCCAUUGAAGCCAGGUUGCGGUGUUUCUGUAUGACAGAUGACAAAGUAGAUAAAACCCUUGAACAACAAGAAAACUUCUCUGAGGUGGCCAGGAGCAGGGAUGUGGAGGUAUUAGAAGGAAAACCUAUUUAUGUUGAUUGCUUUGGCAACCUGGUACCACUAACCAAGAGUGGCCAACAUCAUAUAUUCAGUUUUUUUGCUUUCAAAGAAAACAGACUUCCUCUCUUUGUUAAGGUACGUGACACAACCCAGGAACCUUGCGGGCGACUCUCAUUUAUGAAGGAACCCAAAUCCACAAGAGGACUGGUGCAUCAAGCUAUUUGCAACUUAAACAUCACCCUGCCGAUUUAUGCCAAGGAAUCGGAGUCAGAUCAAGAGCAGGAGGAAGAGAUCGGUAUGACAUCAGAGAAAAAUGAUGAGACAGAGUCGACAGAAACAUCUGUCCUGAAAAGCCACCUGGUUAAUGAAGUUCCUGUCUUAGCAAGUCCGGACUUGCUUUCUGAAGUUUCUGAGAUGAAACAAGAUUUGAUCAAAAUGACGGCCAUCUUGACCACAGAUGUGUCUGAUAAGGCAGGUUCAAUCAAAGUGAAGGAGCUGGCAAAGGCCGGUGAAGAAGAGCCAGGCGAGCCCUUUGAAAUUGUAGAGAGAGUGAAAGAGGACUUAGAGAAGGUGAAUGCGAUCCUGAGGAGUGGAACGUGCGUGAGAGACGAAGGCAGAGUGCGGAGUUCUCAGUCUGAGCGGGAGCUAGAGGAGGAAUGGGUUAUUGUCAGUGAUGAGGAGAUCGAAGAGGCCAAGCAACACGCCCCAGUAGAAAUUGCUGAACACCCAUGUAUAGAGGUCAGAGUAGACAGAGAGACCAAGGCUAAAGUCGAGAAGGACUCCACUGGGUUAGUGAACUACCUCACAGACGAUCUAAAUGCAUACACUCAUCCUCAUGAAAAGAAGCCACAAACAGCUCCAGAAAAGUCAGGGGAGACAAGUCAGGCUUCAGCUGUUGGCAAGAGCUCUGAGAGUAAUAAAGGGAAGGCCACUCCAGCAGAGGAGAAACAGGGUGCUCAGAAGCAGCUCAAACCAGGCCUGGCAAUAAAGAAGCCAGUACGGAGGAAACUAAAGGAAAAGCAGAAACAGAAAGAGGAAAGCUCGCCGCAAGACAGUGAAGAAAAGACCGAACUUAAGAAAGGUAGUUCAGAGGAGUCAGUAGAGGAAGACCGGGGUCUGGCCCCUGAACCCCUUCCCACUGCCAAGGCCACCUCUCCUCUGAUAGAAGAAACUCCUAUUGGCUCCAUAAAGGACAAAGUGAAGGCUCUUCAGAAGCGAGUGGAAGAUGAACAGAAAGGUCGAAGCAAGCUGCCAGUCAGGGUCAAAGGCAAAGAAGAUGUGCCCAAAAAGACUUCUCCCAGGACACACACAGCUGUGUCACCCUCUUCAAAGUCAUCGCCUUCUUCUAAAACAGAACGGCACUCUUCCCUUUCUUCCUCUGCAAAAACUGAAAGGCACACGCCAGUGUCACCAUCAGGCAAAACCGAGAAACACUCACCUGUUUCACCCUCGGCAAAAACCGAACGACAUUCACCAGGAUUUUCAGGUAAACCCGAGAAACAUUCACCUGGUUCUCCCUCAAUGAAAAAUGAAAGACAUUCCCCUGUGUCAUCUGUAAAAACAGAACGACACACACCUGUGUCACCUUCAGGCAAAACAGACAAACGUCCACCUGUCCCAUCAUCUGGAAGAACAGAGAAACAUCCUCCAGUGUCACCUGGCAAAACAGAAAAACGCUUGCCCAGUACACCUUCUAUAAGAACCCCAGAGAAGCAGGCACCUGGGUCUGCCACAGGGAAACAUGACAAGCACCUGCCCGUGUCUCCUGGAAAGACAGAAAAGCAGCCACCUGUAUCUCCUACCUCCAAGACCGAACGAAUCGAGGAGACAAUGUCUGUCCGGGAGCUCAUGAAAGCAUUCCAGUCAGGUCAGGACCCAUCUAAACACAAAACAGGACUCUUUGAGCACAAAUCAACAAAACAGAAACAAUCACAAGAUAAAGGUAAAAGUCGGGUAGAAAAAGAAAAAGGGCACACUGUAACCCAGAGAGAAACCCAGAGAAUAGAAAAUCAGACAGCCAAGCGUGGCCAGAGAUUCCAGGUUACAGGACCUACGGAAUCCAGACGGUUCCGUUCUACCACCAUCACUGUUGGGCUCAGGAUGGAAGAUCCAGUUAGAGAAAGGUUUGAGAGAACCCCCAUCAUUAAAACACCCGAGGCAGUUCCAUCAGUGGCAGCAGAAGAAAGCCAUCUCAGGAGCGAGAGCCUUCAAGGGAAGAUAGUGGAUGAGCAGGGAGACAUGGAUCUUCAGAUCAGCCCAGACAGGAAAACCUCCACUGACUUUUCAGACGUCAUCAAACAAGAGUUAGAAGACAAUGACAAAUACCAACAAUUCCGCCUCACUGAGAACACUGAAAAGGCUCAGAUCCAUUUAGAUCAAGUAAUCACGAGUCCCUUCAACACAACAUUUCCACUAGAUUACAUGAAAGAUGAGUUCCUUCCAGCUCUGUCUUUACAGAGUGGUGCGUUGGGUGGCAGUUCUGAAAGCCUGAAACAGGAAGUGAUAGCAGGCUCGCCUUGUGGCAGCCUGAUGGAAGGCACACCUCAGAUCAGUUCAGAAGAGAGCUACAAACAUGAGGGCCUAGCAGAAACUCCUGAGACAAGUCCAGAGAGUCUUUCUUUCUCACCAAAGAAAAGUGAGGAACAAAUUGGAGAGGCCAAGGAAGCUAUCAAGGUAGAAGCACCCACAGACGUUCAUUCAGAAAAAGAGCUUCCUAUAGCUAAGGACAUUACUGAUAGUUCUGAAAAACAAGGUGCUGUGGUCACUGGGGGUUCAGAGCCCUCUACAGAGCAUUUUCCAAAGGAGGUCACCCAAGACUCUCCUAAAGAUGUGUGCUCCAAACAAGAUGGCUGCCCUGGCAGCCAGAGUAUAUCAUUAGCAAAUGAGCCAUGCCAGGCAUUUACUGAGAAAGAGUCCUCCUGUGGUGAAAGUCAGCUCCCACUUGUUAGUUCAGCUUAUAAGACACAACCAGAAAGUGAAACUCAGGAAUCCUUAACUCCCUCAGAAGUGACAAAGGCCUUCCCACCAUCUGAUGCUUCUGUCAAUACAGUUGAGGGACCAGAACCAAAGCCCCAGGGAGUUAUUAGAAGUCCCCAAGGGCUAGAACUUCCUCUCCCUAACCGGGAUAGUGAGGUUCUCAGCCCAAUGGCUGAUGAAUCAUUAGCAGUCAGCCACAAAGACUCUCUGGAAGCCAGCCCUGUACUAGAAGAUAACUCCUCACACAAAACUCCUGAUUCUCUGGAACCUAGCCCUCUGAAAGAGUCACCUUGCAGGGACUCCCUUGAAAGCAGCCCAGUUGAGCCUAAAAUGAAGGCAGGAAUUCUCCCAAGUCACUUUCCUCUUCCUGCUGCUAUUGCCAAAACAGAUCUUGUUGCCGAAGUGGCCUCUAUGCGUUCUCGGCUGCUCCGAGACCCUGAUGGCAGUGCUGAGGAUGACAGUCUAGAGCAGACAUCACUUAUGGAGAGCUCAGGGAAAAGCCCCCUCUCCCCUGACACCCCCAGCUCUGAAGAAGUUAGCUAUGAGGUCACACCCAAACCUUCAGAUUCAAGUACACCCAAACCAGCUGUGAUUCAUGAAUGUGCAGAAGAGGAUGACUCUGAAAAUGGGGAGAAAAAGAGGUUCACACCAGAAGAGGAAAUGUUCAAAAUGGUAACCAAAAUUAAAACGUUUGAUGAACUUGAGCAAGAAGCAAAGCAGAAAAGAGACUACAAAAAAGAAGCUAGGCAAGAUGGCUCCUCCUCAGCCUCGGAUCCCGAUGCUGACUGUUUAGCAGAAGUAGAUGAACAGAAACAGACGGAGGGCACAGAGAGUGAAAGUGAGGUCCCUGUCUUGGUGACUUCGGAGAGCAGAAAGGUUUCUUCCUCCUCAGAGAGCGAACCUGAGCUGACACAGCUGAAUAAAGGCGCUGACUCGGGACUUCUGACCGAGCCAGUUAUUCGAGUGCAACCUCCAUCUCCCCUCCCAUCCAGCAUAGACUCUAAUUCCAGCCCUGAAGAAGCCCAGUUCCAGCCCAUAGCUCCCAAGCAAUAUACGUUCAAGAUGAAUGAGGAAGUUCAAGAAGAGCCAGGUAACCCAGAAGAAAAUAAAGAUUGCAAGUCACAUUUAGCCGAAGACCGUCAGACUCAUUCUGCUGAUGGUGCCGAUGGGUCUUACAAUGACCUGGACAGAGAGACGACUCAGCCAGAAACCUGUGAUGGCCACGGCUGUGAGGCUGUGAGUCCUAGCAACUCAGCCACUCCCAUCUCCCUAGAAGUUCAGAGUCCAGAGUGUAAUGAUAUCGAUAAGCCCCUGGCCAUUGAUAAAGACGCACUAGCUCUCCAGGAUAUUCAUGAAAGUGACCAAGAAGAAAAAGAAUUUGAUCCUUCCAGAGUGGAAUCUACACAACAAGCAGAUCUUCCCAGUGAAAGUGCUUCCUUGUCUUCUUCAUCUCAUUGUGCAGUACCUGAAGGAAAUGAAUCAGCUAAAGAAAUACCAUCCCCAUCUUCCCCUGUAAAAGUAGAAGUCACAAUAACUGACCAGGCUUUGGAGAGCAUGUCAGAGGACUGUCCCAUUCAAGAGUCAUCUAUGACAACUCAAACAGAGAGGUUUGCCUUGGAUGUUCCAGAGUCUGAUUUAGCCGAGAUUGAUGAAAAUUCUGAUCCUCAAAUCAUCAGUCCUUAUGAAAAUGUUCCUUCCUCGUCUUUUUUCUCUGGUGAGCCCAGCAAAAUCCAAACAGAUACCUGUCAUACCACAGUCGUUCAUUCACCUGAAGUGUACUCUGUCAUCAUCAGAUCCUCUCCUGAGGCUGUUGUAAUGACAAACUCCUCUGAUAGAGCUGUCUCAGGUGAAGAAUCUAAUUGUGAGAACCUCGACCUAGAAACUGAAUCUGAGCAAAAAAGUGCUUUGUGGGCAGUGAAGUCUGAUGAGCCUCCCUUGUCUGUAGCACCCACUACACCAAAUGCACCAGUAGUCACUGGCGAUCACGUAAGCAGAGUCAUCAUCACAAAAACUGAUGUGGAUGCCGACUCCUGGAGUGAGAUCCGUGAAGACGACGCAGCCUUUGAAGCUCGAGUGAAAGAGGAAGAACAGAAGAUAUUUGGUUUGAUGGUAGACAGACAGUCACAGGGCACUACUCCUGAUACCACUCCUGCUAGGACCCCAACUGAAGAGGGGACCCCAACAAGUGAGCAAAAUCCAUUCCUCUUUCAGGAAGGAAAAUUGUUUGAGAUGACCCGAAGUGGUGCUAUUGAUAUGACCAAAAGAUCCUAUGCAGAUGAAAGUUUGCACUUUUUCCAAAUUGGCCAAGAAUCCAAUGAUGAGACUAUCUCCGAAGACUUGAAGGAAGGGGCCACUGGGGCUGAGACUCCACAGAUGGAGACUACGAGUGAGUCACUGGAACUUUCAGAACCCAAAGAAGCAAUGGAUGAUGAAGGAGAAUUACUUCCUGAUGAUGUAAGUGAGGAAAUAGAGGAUUUACCUGCCUCAGAUGCUAACCUUGACUCCCAAGUGAUAAUUUCAGCUUCCUCAGAAACACCCACCAAAGAAGCUAUAUCCACAGUGGCCGAGGAACCCCCCACCACUCAGUGGAGUGAUUCUCUGAGCACUGUGAAGCAGAUACCAUGCCCUACUCUCCCCGAACCUGUUGGUCAGUUGGACUUUUCCACAGUCACUAGGUCUGUUUAUUCGGAUCGGGAUGAUGAAUCCCCAGAUUCUUCUCCAGAGGAACAGAAGUCUGUGAUUGAGAUCCCUACUGCACCCAUGGAAAAUGUGCCUUCUGCUGAAAGCAAACCCCAAAUUCCUAUCAGGACUCUCCCCACUUUAGUCCCAGCCCCUCUGUCUGCAGAGGAUGAGAGUGCAUUUUCUGAUGAUUUCCCAUCUGGCCUAGAUAAGGAUAGUAAGGAGGAUGGAACAAAACCAAAGUCCAAAAUACCCAUCAAAGCACAGGCCCAAAGAACUGAGUGGCAGCCCUCCCAUCCAGACAUAUCUCUCCAGAAGACAGCUGUCCCCCAGGAACAAGACACGCUAAGCAGAGCACCAGAUGGUAGAAGCAAGUCAGAAUCAGAUGCUAGCUCCUUAGAUGCUAAGACCAAAUGCCCAGUGAAAGCCAGAAGUUACAUUGAGACAGAAACAGAGAGCAGGGAGAGGGCUGAGGGGUUUGAGUCAGAAUCAGAAGAAGGAGCCACAAAACCAAAGCUCUUUGCAUCCCGACUGCCAGUGAAGAGCAGAAGCACCUCAUCUUCCGGCAGGACAGGCACGAGCCCCACAAGAGAGAGUAGGGAGCACUUCUUUGACCUUUACCGAAACUCCAUAGAAUUCUUUGAAGAGAUUAGUGAUGAGGCUUCCAAAUUAGUGGACAGGCUUACACAGUCAGAGAGGGAGCAGGAGCCACCUUCAGACGACGAAAGUAGCAGUGCCCUGGAAGUGUCAGUCAUUGAGAAUCUGCCACCUGUUGACACUGAGCACUCAGCUCCCGAGGACAUCUUUGACACAAGGCCCAUUUGGGAUGAGUCCAUUGAGACUAUGAUUGAACGUAUCCCUGAUGAAAAUGGCCAUGACCGAGCUGAAGAUCCCCAAGAUGAGCAGGAGCGGAUGGAAGAAAGGCUGGCUUACAUUGCUGAUCACCUUGGCUUCAGCUGGACAGAAUUAGCGAGAGAACUGGAUUUCACUGAGGAGCAAAUUCACCAAAUUCGAAUUGAGAACCCCAACUCCCUUCAAGAUCAGAGCCAUGCACUGCUCAAGUACUGGUUGGAGAGGGAUGGGAAGCAUGCCACAGAUACUAUCCUCAUCGAAUGCCUCACCAAGAUCAACAGGAUGGACAUUGUGCAUCUCCUGGAGACCAACACAGAGCCUCUCCAGGAGCGCAUGGGCCGCAGCUAUGCUGAAAUAGAACAGACCAUUACACUGGACCACAGUGAAGGGUUUUCAGUACUUCCAGAGGAGCUCUGUGCUGCCAAGGAAAAGAAGGAGCAGGAAGCUUCCAAAGAAAGCGAGUCUAGCGACCACCCACCCAUGGUCUCUGAAGAAGACAUAUCUGUUGGUUAUUCCACAUUUCAGGAUUGUAUCCCCAAAACUGAAGGGGAAAGCCCAGCAGCUGCACUGUCUCCCCAAAUGCACCAGGAGCCAGUUCAACAAGACUUCUCAGGGAAAAUGCAAGACCAGCAGGAAUACUAUGUAACAACUCCAGGGGCAGAAGUGGAAGACACUCAAAAGGCCACAGCUGUUCCUGACUCUCUCUGUAAGACUCCUGAGGACAUCAGUACCCCUCCUGAGGAAGCAAAGUCUUGUGUCCAGACUCCAGUGACUAGUCAACGUGCGUCUCCUAUUGUCCAAGAACCUGAGGAGGCUCCUGAGCCCAAAGAGGAGAAUUCUCCAAGGAAAACCAGCCUGGUCAUAGUGGAGUCAACAGACGACCAGCCUCAGGUCUUUGAAAGACUGGAUGGUGAUUCUGCUUUCCAAAAGGGAGAUGAUAUGCCUGACAUACCCCCAGAGACAGUCACAGAGGAAGAAUAUGUUGAUGAGAAUGGACACACUGUGGUGAAGAAGGUUACCCGGAAAAUCAUUAGGCGGUAUGUAUCCUCUGAUGGCACAGAGAAAGAGGAGAUUACCAUGCAGGGAAUGCCGCAAGAGCCAGUCAACAUCGAGGAUGGGGACAGCUAUUCCAAAGUGAUAAAGCGUGUGGUAUUGAAGAGUGACACCCAGCAGUCAGAGGUGACUUUGUCUGAACCCAGCAUUUUGUCCAGUACCUCACAGUUUCAGGCCGAACCAGUAGAAGGCCGUAGAGUCAGCAAAGUUGUUAAAACAACAAUGGUACAUGGAGAACGGAUGGAGAAGAGCCUGGGGGACUCUAGCUUAGCCACUGACCUUCCUUCAGCCAAAGAUGACUUUGAAGAGGACAACAAUGAAUAAGGCCAGGACACAGAGGAGGGCUGUGGUGAAGGACCAGCAAGGGAAACACAUCAACUUGGAGCACCUGGAGGAUGUUCCCGGAGCACUGGACCAAGACGACCUCCAGCGAGAUCUCCAGCAACUCCUUCGGCAUUUCUGCAAGGAGAACACAAAACAAGAGGCCAAAUGAGGAGCUGCCCAGUUCUCACCAGAAAUCACAAACCCACUUAAUAUACAACUUCCCAUUUCCACGCAGGAGUGACUGAAGCGUCCUAGUUACUAGGAUCCCGUGACAUUUCCACUCUCAGCAAACACACAGCAUCUCCUUUUGCUUCUUUCUCCCCGCCCCUCUCUAACUAUAAGCUAAUUUGUGACCAAAGAUAGCAUCCUUCAUUCCGGAUGCUGUAUCCACUAUUUUGAGCAUCCGUGCUAACCUGGGAACUGGCACCUCCAUUGUUUGCUUCUGCUCAAGCUCCAUGAAAAUCCAUUAAUCAGAAGAACUUCACCUGCAGACUUCUUCAAGUGACAGGGGAAUCCUUCCGAGGACAUCUACGUAUAAUGUAUAUAGCCGAAAUUCUCAGAUGAACAACAAGAGUAAAAUUCAAACCACUGCCUGUCAUAAUUACACUGGGCAUCAUGGAAUAAAAGCCUCUAGAUAUUGCUGAACAAUGGUUAAUUAUGAUAUUGCUAACACAAUCGAAUGGUGAUACAGUUCUACGGAAGGAACACUGCAGACCUAGACACGUCCUUAGAACUUCCAGAGUAGCCAUUGCUCCUUAAGCCUUUGGGAUCAUAAUCUUGAAGAAGGAUCCCAAGGAGCGGUCUCUAGUAUUGGUCAGCCAUAGCUGCUGGCUCUUGAACUGCGACCCUGAGGGUGGGGGAGAAGGGCUCACAGACAAGCAAAAGGAAACAGCGAGGUAUUCUGGUGCUAGAAGUUUCAGGGGUGGUGUUCUAGCACCUUCAGGUGUUUUUGACUUUGGACACGUUGGCAGGGUAUUUUAAAAGCUAUAACUACUGUAGUUUUCCAGUGUUCAUUGCUGCUUUAGCAAACCAUGCUGUCUUACUGGUGGUACUUUCUUCUGGCCACUGCACUGUAGAUAAUUCAUUGGAAGCAAGAUUUAUGCACCACACAAAAGGUUAAAUGCUGUCACCAUGUUGGAGUGGUUUCUUUUCUUUUCUUUUCUUUUCUUUUCUUUUCUUUUCUUUUCUUUUCUUUUCUUUUCUUUUCUUUUUAUUCCCCACUUCCAAGUUGAUCUUUCCUCUAAUACCUACAUGUAGCAUUACACACACACACACACACACACACACACACACACACAGCCCUUCCUAUCACACUAAUGGUUUUCACUCUGAGUUUCUACUUUCUAGCCACGUCUGCUCGUCAGCUUGCAGACAAGAUUGAGAAAUCCUUGGAAAAUUUGGUUCUGAUUAACUUUUUUUGUUGUUUAUUUAUUUAAAACCCAGACACCCUUGGAAACUGAAGUGCAUUUGUGUGACUUUCUGUUUGUUUCAGAGAAGGAACAAUGACAGUCUGAGUGACCCCUGUACCCUAUGUCUAAUCCCUCUAGUGAUUGAAGCUGUGUAGCAUUUUAACAUAUAUAUAUAAAUAUAUUCACAAAUAUAUUCAUAUAAACAGUAUAAGUUUUGAAUCAGUUAUUUGUUAAAGAAAGUAUAUUCAAUGAAGAUGAAAUUAAAAAGAAAGAAAGAAAGAAAGAACAAAAGAAAGAAAGAAAACGGUCUACCCUCCAGAGAUUGCAAUUUUUCCAGUCCUAUCUGGCCUUUUCCUGUGUGCAGAACUGACUCAUUGCUGGGAAUGUCAGACACAAACACGACAAAUAAUAGCACUUCAUCUUUUUAAGUAACAUUGCCAAGAGAAGAGUUUCCUGGGAGAGAGGUUUCCCAUCAGGCAAAAUCUCCUAAGUCCCCAGUACUAGCACUUUCUGGGAUUGAAUAGAAACAAAGUAUUCUUUGGCAUCCAAACUGAGAGAGAGAGAGGCGGUGGCAGCCCUUUUUGAGAUACAUGGUGGCCAUCUUGUAAGACCGUCUGCCCCGGAGCUCAUGAAAAGCCUUUCUGUUGUGUUAUUUGCAGUGCAGAUGACGUCUGUGUGGCAACGUAAUGGUUCUUCACUUUUUUUCUUCGAUUUUUUUUCUUUUUUGCUGUGUUAUCAAAAACUUGAAUACUGUGAGAAGAAGUGAAUUUUCAGUUGAUGAAUCAGCAUCUUGUUCCCAUGGUGAUAACACUAAUUGAAUAUAUCUAUGAGGGCAUGUAUUAGUUAUUGGAAAACAAUACAACACUAACAAUACAUAGCUGCAAUGUUGUACAAUGGCUGAUUUAACUAAAUAAAAUGUCUAAGUGUUAAGUGU